GACAGUGAAAGAAAUUUGGAGAGGGGAUGGCGAAAGAUAGGCGCGAGAGGGGUAAAGAAAGUGAAGAGGGAGGGAGGGAGAGAAGGUGAAAUUAAAUUCAGAGAUGCUGCAGGCAAAAGAAAGUUGAGAGGGAAAGAGAGAAAAGGUAGUUCAGAGAGAACAAAAUAGGAUGAAACAAGGAGAGAGAGAGAGAGAGAGUGAAAGGGAAGGAAUGAUAAUGAGGGGGAGAAUGAGUGGCGGAGGAACUGAGAGGGGGAUUAUGCUGGAGUUGCUGUCGUUUCGGAGCCGCGCUGGAAUCUGACACGGGCUCAUUCCCACAGGAUUAUCCGAUUGGUUUGGCCUCAUUGCCUGGCCCAUCCCUGGGCUGACGGAGGUUCCGGUGCAGGGCGGCUGGCUCAGGUGUGUGUGUGUACUGCGCCUGCAGGCUGUACUAGGUUGUGUGCGGUUUGCUAGACGAUUCUGCCUGCCGGUGUUGGGAGUUCUGGGAGUGUCCUUCAGCAGUUGUAGAGCAAGGUUUGGUGGCAGAAAACUGCCCCUCCGGUAAUGAAGACGCGCUGGUAUUGCGAAUUCCCCAGGUCUCCGCAGUGCCUGAGCGAGGAGACGGUGGAUGGAGCUGUGUACACAGUGACGCAGAGACAAAUCCAACUCCAGCAAGCUGCGACCAAGGGCCAACAGUGGCUGGGGGUGGGGAAUGAGGUAGUCGGGACCACGUGCGAGACAGUGCGGAUCCGCUCGAUCAAGGUGGGCAGGCUGGAGAAGAUCGUGCAGCACCUGCUGGAAGCUUUUGACUGUGGCGACUCCUCCUAUCUCUCUGUCUUCCUGGCCACGUACCGCGCCUUCACCAGCACCCAGGAGGUCCUCCGGAUACUGCUGGACAGGCUGGAACAUUUAAAGGCAGAAGCAGUGUUCAGAUCGGACUGCUGCUCAAUGAAGGGCUGGGACCAUUGGCGAAUUGUUGCUGCCUCCAUCUUUUCCACCUGGCUGGAGCAGUAUUCCGAAGACUUCCAGAACCUGGAUAAUGCUUGUCUGAAGCGCCUUGUGCAUUACAUAAGGAAGGAGUCCAGGGGCACGGAACUGGAGCGCCGAGCCAACGAUAUCCUGGUGCGGAACGAGAAGCGAUCCAGCAGUGACGGUCAAACACUACGGAACAGUGACCAGACGGUGAAGAACGAGAACCAGCCAACGCACAUAUCAGAACCAACUGACAUCCUCACCUUCAUGGCAGACACAGCAGCGUCCCAGCUCACGAUGAUGGAUGCGGAGCUCUUCAUGAAGGUGGUGCCGUACCACUGCCUGGGGUCCAUCUGGUCCCAGCGGGACAAGAAGGGAAAGGAGAACCUGGCCCCCACCAUCUGGGCCACCGUCAGGCAGUUCAACAAGCUCACCAACUGCGUCAUCAGCUCCUGCCUCAGCAACACCCAGCUGCGGCCGCAGCAGCGGGCACGCAUCCUGGAGAAGUGGGUGCUCGUGGCCGAGGAAUGCCGGGCUCUGAAGAAUUUCUCUUCACUUUAUGCCAUCAUCUCUGCCCUCCAGUCGAACCCCGUUCACCGGCUGAAGAAAACCUGGGAGGAAAUGCCCAGGGAAGUUAUGCGGAGAUAUGAGGAACUCUCGGAGAUCUUCUCAGAGAAGAACAAUUAUUCCCAAAGCCGAGAGCUGUUGAUUAAAGAAGGAACUUCAAAGUUUGCCACACUAGACAAGAAGCAUAUGAAAAAAACAAAAGACCACAAAAUUCCAAACCUGAUCCAAGGCACAGUGCCCUACCUCGGCACCUUUCUCACAGACCUGGUGAUGUUGGACACGGCGGUGAAGGACUAUGUUGAGGAUGGAAUGAUCAACUUCGACAAGAGGAGAAAGGAGUUUGAAAUCAUCGCCCAGAUUAAGCUGCUACAAAAAGCCUGUAAGAACUACAGCUUUGAGAGGGAGCCCGAGUUCCUGAACUGGUUCUACAACCUGCAGUCCCUCAGUGAGGCUGAGAGUUACAAGCUGUCCUGUGAACUCGAGCCACUGGAGCUGGCUAGCCCAACGUCAAAAACUCGGCCUACUCUGGUUAUCACUCCCUGCGAUGACCCUCAACCCAGCCAGAACAGCCCCACCGUGCUCUCGGGAGGUCUCCCACCCUGGGAGAGAUCUGCCUCACCACCCCUGGACUUGGCCAGUGCCUCUGAGACCCCAGGAGCUAAGGAACACUCCCUGAAGCCCAUCAAUGCUCUUCUCUGCAAGAUUGCCUGGCAAUCAAAAUUCCCCUCUGUCUCCUCCCUGGACUCAGCUGGGAUCGAGCCCAUCCCCACCUGCUCCCCUUCCCUCUCAGCCCUCUCCCCCACCGCCAGCUUUGUGAAGGGCCACCGUCGCUCGGCCUCCUGUGGGGCCACCUACACUUCUCCCUCGGUGUCUAUGGGCUCGCCGCAGUCUGACUGCCGCAUCAUCCGCGUGCGCCUGGACAUCACUACCGGAAACGUUUACAAGAGCAUCCUGGUAUCCAGUCAGGACAAGACUCCUGCGGUAGUUGGAAAAGCUCUGGAGAAACACAAUCAGGACCCACGAUCAGCGGGGACUUACGAGUUGGUGCAGAUCUUAUCAGAGGAUAAAGAGUUCACCAUCCCUCACAAUGCCAAUGUGUUCUACGCCAUGACCUCGACCAGCAGCGAGUUCCUCCUCCGGAGGAAGGACCAGCCUUCUCCCAAGCACAGGGCGGAGCACGGCUCACCGUUCCCAAAAAUCCGCUCCAAGGGCAUGAAGAUCGCCAAGGCCCUGUUCUAGAGGGUGGGCUUCCUGGAACGGCCCAGUUCUAGUGAGCUUACUGCCAUUCUCAUGAUGCCGGGCUGCAGUCGAAGCUGGGUGGAAGGAACCAGCACAAAGUCCACACAGCCCCUGCUGACUGGUGAUGCUUUCCCUGGACAAGGAUGGCUUCGGUACCUAUUUGCCCUGAGAUUUUUCCCCCUUCUCCCUUCCUGCCCUUGCCCAAGAUCUGCAAAAGAGGGAGUCUGGGGUGAACUUUCCUGAUUCCAUUUCCUAGAAGCACCUAUGAAGGUAGUUCCUCAGAAAUCAGACCCCCAUGGACCUGGGUGAGAAUGACCACCAUCUGCCCUCUGAGAUGGCAAUCACCUACCAGUGUGGCAGGCACUGAAUGACUCUCGGAAGCAGGAGGUCCAAAGGCAUUGGCGAUGUGGAGGACAAGCUCAAAGAAUUCAGACCAGCCUCUCCAGCAAAAGGACACUUUCCCCUCUUGUUUCUGAUCCGUGCAGGCAGCUCUUGUAGAAAUCCUCUCCUGUGCUGGAAUUCUGUGCACCAGAUUCAUUUUCAUUAUUCCAUGCAGAAUUACCUUGGGGGAAAUCUGUUGGAGAGGUGUGGGGUGAGGGGUGGCAGCUAUAUAGGGUACAAAAACCGAUCUACAGUGUUGAUCAGCCUGUGGGAUUAUUGCAAACCCAGUGGAUAAUUCCCACUGCCUCUGCACCUCCCCACCACAAAUGAUUGUCACCUCUCCACCACUCCCUCUGAGCACCUGUUGCUUCUGACCUGAGCCACCUCGCACAACCCUCCAUCCCACUCCAGAAUGUCCUUCACAAUUCCCAGCAGCUGCUGGUGCUUAGAGAGACAGCCGAUGGGUUGGACUUGAGCUACAAAUGGACAUGGAGGGAUAAUCUUGCAAAGCUGCUUUUCCCAAGGCCACAGUCUUCUGGCAGACCCUUGUUGGAACUGACCAGAGUCAAUCACACUCCUUCUCCCAACUCCCCGUUGGCUUUGAAACAUGAGGAGGUCAGCAGGCUUGGUGGAAAAUGGACCUUUUCACGUCAGAAGUGCCUUCCUAUCCAUCUCCCUUGCCACUGGUUGACCCACCUGUCUCCAGAACAAAGUGAACAUCACUACGGGGGUUCAUCCCAUCACAGACAACCAGAGUGUGAAGAAAGACCUUAGCCAGAAGAUGAUGAUUUUCACUACAGACACUUGGAGUCCUAUAAACGAAGUGUACACUGAUAACACUACAUGUAAAAGGCACGGUCUGUGCCAACUGAGAAUGUUUCAGCUUGUGUUGCUCUGAUGUUGCUAUUUAUGCUCUCGAUGUACAGUCCAUCCUGUAGGCAUUAUGAUGGAAAGACGUGGACCGCCAUUCUAAACUGUACGGUCAACUCUGUGCUCUGAUCAUUGUCUAAAUUCUGUGUGUUCCCGAAUUUCCUGCAGACCCAAACAAAAAAAAAUCCAAAGAGCAGAGGUUAUAAAAUGGGGAGAAUAAGAUGGCUCAGUGGUUUAGUCGUUCAGAAGCUCGUCUGUCCAAACCUCUGCUGUAUAACAAUUUCAACAGAACUUGGAACUGACGAUUCAGUCCCAGUAACAGUCUGCUUUUGGGGUUGGUCGACCAAUAUUGAGGAGCUCUACCUCCAGGCUGUCCGUCACCUGUCACUCAAGCACUGCCCCACAGUUCCAGCGACCUGGGUUUGAUCCGAGUCUGCACGUUCUCCCUGUGACGCUUGGCGUUCCCCCGGGUUUACCAGUUCCACCCCACAUCCUGACGUUCAGAUGAACGGGUCGCUGUAAAGUUGCCCCCAGUGUGACAGACAGUGUGGACAUACUGAGCCAAGUGGCCUAUAUCUAUACUAUAUGACUUCAUGACUCCACAUAAUCUCCAGUAGCGUGAGUCUAUGAUUGCAGAGAUGAUAAACCAUCGAUGACGCCAUCUCGUUGACGUUACUGAAGAAUUUGUAAGACCUACUCUUUGAACAAGCUUUUGUUUGUCCAAUUUCACCCAAUGUAGCUAAAUGUUAAAUUUAGUUUGACCACACUGCUGUGAGAUGUUUUAAUGACUGAGGCAUGGUAGAAAUGUCAUUCUGACUACGCUUUAACAUUUUUCUCACUACAUUAGUUUUGUAAGCUGAGGUGGUUUCUUCAAGUUGAUUUGUUCUUAAAGAACUAGCGAUGGGACUGAAUGAUUCAGAUGUAGAGUUUGACAGUACACGAUUAAAAUGCCUCUAAAAUAUAAAAGAUAGGUACAGUUUGAAGCUCUGGCAUCCUUGAGGCCUGAUAAGUACCGGAACGACAGAAAAUACCUUCGAUUGUCUUCCGUCGAGCAGGAGGACUGUUCUAAGUAUGGACACUCCCCAGUCACCGAAAACCAUCCAUAUCCCAACGUUUCUGUAAGUUGGAAACACUGUUGGCUGAGACUGCUGACUGGUAGGUUAAUUAGUUACAGAUUAGUACAGAUCUUAGGUAAUUGUAGAUUUUAGUUGGAUUAAAUUAUUUUUUAGAGAUUUGAACAGCAGUCUCAAAACAUUCCAGACAAUGGGAAUUGCUACACCUUGGAAUACCAGAGUGGAGAAUUUCAACCUGUACUUCGGUAAUGCUUCCCCAACUCCAAACCACACCUCAGGAGCCAAAGAGUUUUACGCCCAAUGAGAUCCUGGCCGAGGAAAUUCUUCGGUCCAGUAUUCUGAGAUGGUCAGCAAGAUCUGCCAACAGCAACUGGCUAAUGACCAGACAGGUAAAUAUCUGGGUCACUGGGGAGGGGUUGCUCUCCUCUGUAAACACCCCUUUCUCAAGAUCACCCAGCGUGGCCCCAGUUGAAUGUUUCACCUGAGGUACUGUCCCGGUGACAAUGUUCCCCAGGCACAUACAACAUACACAGAACAUAAAACUACAGCCCAGGAACAAGCCAUUUGGCCCACAAUGUCUGCACUGAGCAUGAUGCUAAAUGAGACAAAAUCCCAUCUGUAUGUACAUCGUCUGUAUCCUGCCAUUCCCUACACACUCAUGAACACCACUGUUAUAUCUGCUUCCACUACCACCCCUGGCAUCCACCACUCUGUGCAAUAAACCAGUAACUUGCCCUGGAAAUCCCCUUCAAGCUGUUCUGCUCUCAUCUCAAAUCCAUGUUCUCAAAUAUUAGACAUUUCUACCCCAGGACCAAGUUUCUGACUGUCGACUUUUUCUAUUCCUUUCAUAAUUUUGUAAACUUCUGUCCGAUUGCCCCCUCAGCUCCAGCGAAAACAAUCAAAGUUUGUCAAACCUCUCCUUGUAUCUCAAAUUCAGACAAUAUAUUGGUAACCCUCCUCAGCUCCCUCUCCAAAGUCUCCAUAUCCUUUCCAUAAUGGGCUUACCAGAAUUGAAAACAAUUCUCUGGAUGUGGCCUAACCAGGGUUUUCUCAAGCUGCAAAGCAACUUCCCAACUCUUGAACUCAAUGCCUUGACCAUUAAAGACAAGUAUUCCAUAUGCCUUCUUUAACAUGCUAUCAACCUAUACAAGCAACUUCAGCGAGCUAUGAACAUGGAUAUCAAGAUCCGCUACACACAUCCUCCCUCUAAGGAAGUGACCAGAACUGCACAAAACUUGCACAGGACUGUAGUGAAGUGUCAGUGGGGAAUUCUGUGCUCUCUUAUUUGCCUGAGAAGAACUCUUUGAUCUCAAACUCCCACCUCAGCUUACAAAGUGACUUAUUUGUUUCAAAUAUUCAGGAGGAGCAAUGGUCUUAAAAUAAAGAACUGGCCUUUUUAUAUCCUACAUCUCUUUGUAUCUUCUUGGCUCAUAAAACACUGAUAAUCUGGCUUCCCUUGGAUUUUGUUGGUGAUCGACUGAUGAAGUUUCUAGAUUAUUGGAUGUUAAUUAAAACCGGUUUAGUAUUGUUACA